AGUCCCGCCACCUGCUCCUCCGCUCGGCUCCGAUCGCCGCAGACUCAGCAACAUGAACCUGGGUUGCUUGUGGCUGCGCCUCAUGCUGCUGGGGGUCUCCCUGCCGACUGUGCUGGGAUGGAUGGACCAAGGAGCCGGCCGAAGCCCAGAUGUGGCCCCGGGAGAGUCGCAGGCAGAGGAAUCUAGAAGCUUUGGAGCCACAAGAAGAGAAGGGCUUCCGAGCCAAGGUCUACCGGCCUCCUGCGGGAAGAAACUCUGCAGCCGCGGGAGCCGGUGCGUGCUCAGCGCGGAGACGGGGCAGCCCACGUGCCGCUGCCUGGAGGCGUGCAGGCCCCGCUACGUGCCGGUGUGCGGCUCUGACGGGCGGCUCUACGAGAACCACUGUGAACUGCACCGCACGGCCUGUCUGCUGGGGAGGAGCAUUGUCAGCGUCUACAGCAAGGACUGCUUCCUCAGAGGUGGCACAUGCACCAUGGCUGGCUAUGCCCGCCUCAAGAAUGUCCUUCUAGCACUCCAGAGCCGCAGGCAGCCGCUCCAAAAGGGGGACAGCAGACAAGACCUCGCCUCCCAGAAGCGUCUCCUGGUGGAGUCUCUGUUUAAGGACUUGGAUAUGGACGGCAGCGGCCACCUCAGCAGCUCUGAACUGGCCCAGCACGUGCUGAAGGAGCGGGAGCUGGAUGGGGACUUGCUGGGGUGCUCGCCAAGUGACCUCCUGCGAUUUGAUGACUAUGACCGAGACAGCGCCGUGACCCUCCGUGAGUUCUACACAGCCUUCCAGGUGGUUCAGCUGAGCCUGGCCCCCAAGGACAGGGUCAGUGUGACCACAGUGACCGUGGGGCUGAGCACAGUGCUGACCUGCGCUAUCCAUGGACCCCUGAGGCCACCAAUCAUCUGGAAGCGCAACGGGCUCACCCUCAACUUCCUGGGCCUGGAAGACAUCAAUGACUUCGGAGAGGAUGACUCCCUGUACAUCACCAAGGUGACCACCAUCCACAUGGGUAACUACACCUGCCACGCCUUGGGCCACGAGCAGCUGUUCCAGACCCACGUCCUGCAGGUGAAUGUGCCUCCGGUCAUCCGCGUCUAUCCAGAGACCCAGGCGCAGGAGCCCGGGGUGGCAGCCAGCCUAAGAUGCCAUGCCGAGGGCAUUCCCAUGCCCAGAAUCACUUGGCUGAAAAAUGGCAUGGAUCUCUCAGCCCAGAUGUCCAAACAACUCUCACUCCUGGCCAACGGGAGCGAGCUCCACAUCGGCAGCGUUCGGUAUGAAGACACAGGGGCAUACACCUGCAUUGCCAAGAACGAAGUGGGUGUGGACGAAGAUAUCUCCUCUCUCUUCAUCGAGGACUCAGCUAGGAAGACCCUGGCGAACAUUCUGUGGCGGGAGGAAGGCCUCAGUGUGGGAAACAUGUUCUAUGUCUUCUCCGACGACGGCAUCGCUGUCAUCCACCCCGCGGACUGCGAGAUCCAGAGGCGUCUCAAACCCACGGAGAAGAUUUUCAUGAGCUACGAAGAAAUCUGUCCUGGAUGGGAAGGAGAUGCCACCCAGCCAUGCCAGUGGGCAUCCGCAGUCAACGUCAGGAACCGGUACAUCUAUGUGGCCCAGCCAGCGCUGAGCAGAGUCCUUGUGAUUGAUGUUCAAGCCCAGAAAGUCCUACAGUCCAUAGGUGUGGACCCUCUGCCGGCUAAGCUGUCCUAUGACAAGUCGCAUGACCAAGUGUGGGUCCUGAGCUGGGGGGACAAGCAACAGUCCCAGCCAAGCCUCCAGGUAAUCACAGAGGCCAGCGCCGGCCGGGGCGAGCACCUCAUCCGAACACCCUUUGCGGGAGUGGGAGAUUUCUUCAUCCCCCCAACAAACCUCGUUGUCAACCACAUCAGGUUCGGCUUCAUCUUCAACAAGUCUGCCCCUGCGGUCCACAAGGUGGACCUGGAGACCCUGCUGCCCCUGAAGACCAUCGGCCUGCAGCGCUUCGGCUGCGUGCCCCAGGCCAUGGCGCACACCCACCUGGGCGGCUACUUCUUCGUGCAGUGCCGGCGGGACGCGCGCCGCUCCACCGCGCCGCAGCUGCUCAUCGACGGCGUCACGGACUCCGUGCUGGGCCCCAACGGCAACGUCUCGGGCGCCCCGCACGUGUCCCCCGACGGGCGGUUCAUCGUCAGCGCCUCGCCCGGCGGCGCCCGGCUGCACGUGCAGGAGGUCUCGGCGCGGGGCGAGAUCCGGAGCCUGUACGAGGUGCGGGCCGACCGGGGCGUCGCCGAGCUGGCCUUCCAGCGCUCCUCCACCGAGGGCGGUCAGUACGACGUCUACGCCACGCUGGAGCCCGGGCCCGCGCUGCUCUUCCUGCAGCUGUCCUCGGGCAGGGUGGGCGCGGUGAAGGCCGACGUCGGCAAGCCGCCCGCGGGGCCCGCCCGGGCCUGGGCGCGGCCGCGCGGCCUCCUGCGGGACAGCGGGCUCUUCGGACAGUACCUGCUCGCGCCGGCCCGGGAGUCGCUGCUGCUGAUCAACGGGAGACGGAACGCGCUGCGCUGCGAGGUGCCCGGCGUGAAGGGCGCCGCCGCGGCCGUGUGGGUGGGCGAGGUAUGA